CGUUGUGCUCCAUGACCGGCAGCAGGUUUAUGAAGUCACUUAUUGAAACGUGUGAAUAGACCUUCAGCACACAGAAUGUGUCUAGAGUGUCAGUGGUGUCCGUUAAGUCAAAUAUAGUCCAUCUAAUAGGGUAAGAGUUGUGUGCCCGUGAUUCCAACACCAAGUUGUUUGUAGCAAUGUGUUAUAUAGGAUCUAACGUCAACCUACUAGGUAGAUCUAUUUACAAACAUUGACAGACGUUCAAGCAUAGCUCAAUUCAUUAGACAUCUUCACUCGUGUGUGUUACAGAAUAAAAAAAAGAUUAUGGGAAAUAGUAGACACUAGACAUAAUGUAUAUUGUAUAGCUUUCGCUAUUCUCAUUAUUUGGUUAUUAACUAUCGAAACAUUCAAUACAAUGGAAAGUAAUAGAAAUCAAUAACUCUGUACAUUUCUUAGGUUUCGGCUAUCUUCCGUUAAAGUCUCCUUCCUUUCAAGACUCAUCUAUUAUAAACGGAUCUUACCUUCAUGCCAUCAUUGAUCUGUCUGGCGAGGGACGCUGUGACUGUACCACAAGAAUGCAGCUAUCAAAGCAAGGAGAGAUUUAUUGAUUCUAUAGAUUCUUUUCAGAUAUGAAUUGAAAUUUCUCCCUGGAGGAUUGACUACAUUUGCAUGUGAUCAGUUCUGUCUGGAUAGAUAGUUUCUUUUGUUUAGAAACACAGAGGUCUGUCUCAUUAAUCGGUCACCAAAAUGUCCACUGUAUUUGAGAACAUUAGUUACACGUCUCUGGAUAAGAUGAAGCUCUGCAGGCCAGGUGAUACACCGGAAGAUAUAAUCAAGCUAUACAAUGCACCUGCCAAUGAAGAUAGAGUGAAGGUGUACAAUGCCUCAACUCCUGCAGACAGGUACAGGUGUCCAGUCUCUACCCCUGUGCUUGGUGGUCAACGCAGAGGCUACUCAGGUCUACCUGGACCAAGGCAAAUAUUUCUUACACAGGUAUUCAAUGAUGACACCUAUAGGCCUACCAAUCAUAUUAGUGGUAAACAUGUUUUGGGCUAUUAUUUCCUCUCUACUAGGAAUGGAGACAGCACUCUAAGACACAGCACCAACAAUCCAUGGCUGGACAACCUUUGUGCCAGACCCGUCAAUGAGAUCCUCAGCAAGUCCCAUGUCCAGUUUCCAAUGGUGAAAGGACGUCCAUUCUGGUCACAUACGAAGCCUACGCAAGGGGAACAAUCGUUAUUGAAAGCCUGGGAACAAAACUCCAACAUGUCUCGAGCGUCAAGAGGAGAUAGUUCCCGAAGGGGCAAGCACUGGUCUCAUCCGGGGCUUGUGAACAUUAGUGACAGCGCAUUUCCGGACGAGGUAGCCCAGGUAACUAGCGCUGGGGGCGCUGCUCCGAGGUAUGGCGGACACACGUUCAAGCUGAGCAAUGAGCCAGAUGACCACAGUGACGACGAUACAAUGAUGUCGCUUGAGAAACAACUUGAAGGGCCGGUGGUCGUGUCGUGUACCAUACAGGAGCUACCACUGAAAUCAGCUCGGUCAGAGCAAAGGAAGUCUUACAAACCUGCAGUACGCCUACCAAAGCUCAAAAAGGUGAAGAAGAAGACUAAAGACCAGACCCCAGAAACUGACUUAUCUGGUUCCGAUCCUGUUACAGAAUGUACGCACCAGACGACAUCGUCAGCAGACAGCGGAAUACUAGAAAAACCUUCCGUGAAUGUCAGGCCGUCGUCCAUUAUAAACAUAUUGCAUCCGACUACAGAUGACAUACAAAUCAAUUAUUGAUAGGUGGCGGGGGGAGGGCUGAUGCAAUAUAAAAAUACAUUGAAACAUAAAAAAAAGGUGAUCAAGAUAAUUUAAGAUACUUAAUUUAUUUUUUUACACAAUUUGUGUAAUUUCUACACACAAAAAAUACGUCCUCCCAGUUUGUUGAUUGAUGUGAUCGCCCCUACCGACUCCCACCCGCCGGAUCCGACAGUGACACAUUAGGCCUAUAUGAACAACUAGGUUUUAUAAUGUUAUGAUAGCUGACUUUUCUUUCAUAGAAGGUUCAUAGAAGGUUCCAGCAGUCAAAUGGAUCCAAUUAAAGACAAGGAAUUAAUGCCAAUCAAGCGAAGCACUUUUCAAAUGCUCUAUAAAACUAUUUACAUGAUCAUUGACCAUCUAUUUAUUUACCACAACGGGACCAUUAUACCGCUACGUGCCUCGUCUGAAACUUGAUAUGAAAGUCCAGAACAGUGUGAAUUUCAUAAUUAGAAAUGUUAACAUCCACUUUAGUUAAAGUAUUGAAACCACUUCUAAAACACAUAUAGGAUAAUUCAUCACAAACGCCGAAAUCACCAUAAAAACGCACCAGGCCCAUGGAAAGUACCUUUUUCACACCUUUCCAUCUAUUGGUCAUAUGCUGUAAAGCUUGUCUGUUUCUGUAGUCCAAGGUGUGGCCAUCACAACGACCUUUACUUUUUCAACUAAUGUCAGGUACGCCCUUAAAAAUUCCGAAAUUCAAAUUCGAACCCGAGGAGACCCCUCUGUUUGAAAGCCAAGCGCUUGACCACUCAGCCACCUCGCCCACCUGUUCGUAACUUACUUUUUGAUUAGUUUGUCCUUUCAACUCUUCUGAUUAGUUUGACCUUUCAACUCUUCUGAUUAGUUUGUCUUUCAACUCUUCUGAUUAGUUUGUCCUUUCAACUCUUCUGAUUAGUUAGUCUUUCAACUCUUCUGAUUAGUUUGACCUUUCAACUCUUCUGAUUAGUUUGACCUUUCAACUCUUCUGAUUAGUUUGACCUUUCAACUCUCUGAUUAGUUUGAACUUUCAACUCUUCUGAUUAGUUUGUCUUCCAACUCUUCUGUUUAGUUUGACCUUUCAACUCUUCUGAUUAGUUUGAACUUUUCAACUCUUCUGAUUAGUUUGUCUUUCAACUCUUCUGAUUAGUUUGUCUUUCAACUCUUCUGAUUAGUUUGUCCUUUCAACUCUUCUGAUUAGUUUGACCUUUCAACUCUUCUGAUUAGUUUGUCUUUCAACUCUUCUGAUUAGUUUGUCUUUCAACUCUUCUGAUUAGUUUGAACUUUCAACUCUUCUGAUUAGUUUGUCUUUCAACUCUUCUGAUUAGUUUGACCUUUCAACUCUUCUGAUUAGUUUGUCUUUCAACUCUUCUGAUUAGUUUGUCUUUCAACUCUUCUGAUUAGUUUGACCUUUCAACUCUUCUGAUUAGUUUGUCUUUCAACUCUUCUGAUUAGUAUGACCUUUCAACUCUUCUGAUUAGUUUGACCUUUCAACUCUUCUGAUUAGUUUGACCUUUCAACUCUUCUGAUUAGUUUGUCUUUCAACUCUUCUGAUUAGUUUGAACUUUCAACUCUUCUGAUUAGUUUGUCCUUUCAACUCUUCUGAUUAGUUUGACCUUUCAACUCUUCUGAUUAGUUUGUCUUUCAACUCUUCUGAUUAGUUUGACCUUUCAACUCUUCUGAUUAGUUUGUCUUUCAACUCUUCUGAUUAGUUUGACCUUUCAACUCUUCUGAUUAGUUUGACCUUUCAACUCUUCUAUUCUAAUUUUUUUCUCUGUUCUCGUAACGUUUUGAGCCAGCAUCAAGUUACUGGACAGUGCUAUAGACAUUAAAGUGUUAGUGUCAAUAUUAGCAGCACAUAUCGUCAAGUUCUGUUGACAUUAUCCAAGUGGAUAAGACGAAACAAGCAUGUCAAUCGGUCACUUAAGUUUCUAUGGGAAAUGCAGUUGUAUUUAGAUUGUAUUACUAGUCUGGUGUGUUCUUACUGCAGUGAUACUUUUGUUUACAUUAUAUAUGCUUAGAUUUGAUCUAAUACAAAUGUACUUCUCAUAAAAAGUUUCUCUUGUCUUCACAUUUUUAAAACACCUGGACUUGUUUGUUCAUUAAAUCUUGUGCUAGGAGUUUCAAACAGCAAACCAUAUUCAGAAGUUGGUUGCUCACAGGAACUCAAGUGUAUGGCAAAUCGUCACUUAAGAACCAGUUUCAUCUACUUGUAAAUAACAUUCUCGAGCCAUAGAGCUACAGUUUAUGUUGAACAUUGCGUCAAGCUCAAAUUAACACUAAACUAUUUUUUUUAAACUCUCAUGCUGUACAUUACUAUAUCAGUAUGUAAUUAAGGGCCUACUCAGUGAGGCACCAGGCUUGAAAAUGGAUAGAUUUAAAGACCGUGUUGUACAUUAUAACAGCACUAUUCUUAAUAACCCAUAAAUAUAUAACGUCUAAAGUUAUUAUACAUAACCCUUGACCUUUUAAGGACCUGUCUCUACACACUUUCUUCUUAACCCAUCCAAUGUCCCUCUGUAUUAUCUGGUUACUUUGAAUUGCUUUUUACCAAACUUAUAUCAACUCACUUUGUCUGUCUGUCAAAACUGUAUACACGUUAUUUCUCCCACUUCCCAUUGUCGGAUCAAGUUGAAACGUGGCACAAUUAUUUAUUGUUGAUGACAACACAUGAAUCCAAAAUAAUUAACCUAUUAAUUAAUCAAUUACUCGUAUACACACCUAAUUAUUUUAUAUGGAAAAUUGGAAAUACAUUAAACUAAUGGAAGAUAACCCUUGCAAUAAUAAAAGAUACGGAGGGGAUUGAACGGUGCUCUCCUCCCAAAAAGCGAAUUGGACUCUUCUCAACAUGCAACAAAACAAACGCGUAAAAGUUGCAGUAUCAUCAGAGUAAUUUACGCGAUUGUGUACAGUUAUGAUCGAUUCAAGAAUAAUUAAUGCAAUCUCAAUCUAUAUAAGCGAAGCUCCUACUAAAAAAAGUAUUUUAAUAUUUGUCGAUAUUUCUUUCAUACUUUAGCAGGCACUGGUCCAUUCAGUUUUGUGGACCCGUAGGGGAGGGAUGAGUUAGUGAGAACGUAUGAAAUUGAAUUUUGAAAAUCAACCAUGCAAGCAGUUGUUGUUUGUUUUUUAAUAAAAAUACACCAUUUUUACAACUAUUCACUAAUAAUAGUAACAGACACAGGAGGCUAUUUAGUAAGGGAGAUGACUAUUUACCAUAUGCUUAACACAUUUAUGCUAACGGUGCAGAUUUUUUGUCAAAUAUUUUAUUUUACCAAUGUAUUGCUAAGUAAAGUAAGUUCUGUCAUAUUGACUAAUACAGCUAUACAUUUUUAAAAACUUUUUUUUAAAAAAGAGAACAAAUCUAUUUAUUAUAAGUGAAACAUAUUUUAAAACAACAAUCAAUACGUAGUUAUUUAUGUUAUCUCAUGAACUACAGUACCGGUAUGUCAACAUAGGACACUUAACCAAAGGAAUUUGUUUUAAGCAACAUAUUUCUUAUUUCUUGAGGCUUUGAAUAAGAGAUUAACCCUUUACAAAACAAUUAGAUCCAUUAGAUAUUCAUUAUAUGACAUCUAUUAGGCCAGGUUCACAUUUAAGUUCACUUUCACUUAUUACUAUCCCUUAGUCUGCUAGACCGUUGACAUGAUCUGUCAACCUUCUUUGUCCAUUCUUCUCAGUCAUUUGCCGUUUAUAAAAUUUCAUUCAGAUAUUUUUACUGAAAAUAUUGAAAUCAGCCUUUUUACCUGCCUGGAUGGACUACUUCGGGGGCCGACCGGGGCCGAUUUUGAGUUUGUGUUUCCACACAAACUGUCUUUGUAACCUUGUUUUUCUUUCCUUUUGUUCUUUAAUUCUAACAGUUACUUAAGGGUCUUAAAAUAAAUUCAUUAACAUAUUGUUUUAUUUUGUUACGUAACAAAUAUCCAGAUCCUUUUCCCCUUGUAACUAAUCAUAACAAAUGUUUAUACCUCUAUCCCCUUGUAACUAAUUGUAGUGAUGGGCAAAAGUUAACUAAAAAGUUGCUAACUUUUAGUUUAACUAAAAAAAAUUAGUUAAGGCCAAAGUUUAAUUAAAAAAAAAAGUCUAGUUAAAAUCCUAGUUUAAUUUUUUUUUUUUAGUUACAAACUAAAAAAUUUAAUUACAAAUUUUACAAACUUUUUUAACAUACAUACCAAUAAAUAUUUAGAUCUAUGCAAUUUGGAGAAUAUAUUGUAAUAACAUAAGUGAGGCAAC